CAUCAAAGGAAUUACCUUUCGAUAUCCUCAUUUCUCAUCACCUUCUCGGGUCAAUCGGUUCUGCAAUUAAGCGACCCGCCAAAACCCUAACAUUAGAUGAAUCUCAAUUUCAAUUCAAUAUGAUCCAAUCCAGCUUCUCUGCAGACCCACCUUUCAUGGCAGCCAACUCCACUUUCUCUCCUCCGCCGUCCGCCGGUGACGGAGACUUCAAUUACGACGUCGCCUGGUAUGGUAACAUCCAAUACCUCCUCAAUAUCUCCGCCGUUGGAGCUUUGACUUGCCUUCUUAUUUUCAUCUUCGGGAAGCUUCGAAGCGACCACCGUCGCAUGCCCGGUCCCACUGCCAUUAUCUCCAAGCUCUUAGCUGCCUGGCACGCCACUGGUGUUGAAAUCGCCCGCCACUGCGGGGCCGACGCUGCUCAAUAUCUCCUUAUUGAGGGCGGCAGCUCCGCCCUGCUAUUAUUCCUCGCCCUUCUUUCUCUUGCAGUAAUGCUGCCGUUGAAUAUAUAUGCUGGUAAGGCUCCUAUGGCUGAUCAGUUUUCAAAGACUACAAUAAAUCAUAUAGAAAAAGGUUCUCCAUUACUCUGGAUUCACUUUAUAUUUGUUGUUAUUGUUGUUGUUUUGGUACACUAUGGUAUAAGUGAAAUACAAGAAAGGUUGAAAAUUACUAGACUUAGAGACGGCUAUGGAAAUCCGAGUAAUUCUGGUACGAAUGUCAGUGCAAUUUUUACCAUUAUGGUGCAGGGUGUACCUAAAACCUUAGGUUUUGAUAAAACACCUUUGGUGGAGUAUUUUCAGCAUAAAUAUCCAGGGAAAGUGUAUAGAGUAGUUGUGCCUAUGGAUUUGUGUGCUUUGGAUGAUUUAGCUACAGAGUUGGUGAAGGUUCGGGAAGAUAUCUCUAAACUAGUGUCAAGAAUUGAGUCACGGGGUUAUUUGAAUGAGGGUGAGGAAGACGAAUAUGAUAAUGAUAGUGUGAAUGGACGGGGUUUGUUAGCACGACUGUGCUUCCUGUGGAGAAAGGCUAAGGAUACAUGGUAUCGUGUUAUGGAUCAAUUAGGCUUCUCAGAUGAAGAGAGGUUGAGAAAAUUGCAAGAGUUGAGAGCUGAUUUGGAGAUGGAAAUGGCAUCUUAUAAAGAAGGGAGGGCAAGAGGUGCUGGUGUAGCUUUUGUGGUAUUUAAGGAUGUAUUUACAGCUAAUAAGGCUCUCCAGGACCUCCGAAAUGAGAAGAGGAGGAGAUAUGGUCGAUUCUUCUCAGUCAUUGAGUUGCAACUACAGAGGAACCAGUGGAAAGUAGAGAGAGCUCCUUUAGCCACUGACAUAUACUGGAACCACCUGGGAUCGACAAAGUUCUCUUUAAAGUUGCGCAGAGUGUUGGUGAACACAUGCCUACUGUUGAUGCUUCUAUUCUGCAGUUCUCCACUAGCUGUGAUUAGUGCUAUUCAAAGUGCAGGGCGAAUAAUCAAUGCUGAAGCUAUGGAUCAUGCUCAGAUGUGGCUAAACUGGGUGCAGGGCUCGAGCUGGCUAGCAACAAUAAUAUUUCAAUUUUUGCCCAAUGUUCUGAUUUUUGUGAGCAUGUACAUUGUUGUCCCUUCAGUUCUUUCUUAUCUUUCAAAAUUUGAACAACAUCUUACUGUGUCUGGUGAGCAAAGGGCUGAGCUACUGAAAAUGGUUUGCUUCUUUCUGGUAAAUCUCAUUCUGCUUAGGGCUCUGGUCGAAUCGACUCUUGAGGGUGCUCUCUUAAGUAUGGGUCGGUGUUAUUUGGAUGGAGAAGAUUGCAAAAAGAUCGAGCAGUACAUGACUGCUUCCUUUUUGACAAGGACAUGCCUUUCGUCUCUUGCAUUUUUAAUUACAAGUAGUUUCUUGGGUAUAUCUUUUGAUUUAUUAGCUCCAAUUCCUUGGAUUAAGAAGAAGCUUCAAAAGUUUCGUAAAAAUGACAUGCUUCAGCUGGUACCAGAAAGGAGCGAGGACUGCCCAUUGGAAAAUCAAGACAUUGAUAGUUUGGAGAGGCCUCUGAUUCAUGAAAGGAUUUCAACUGUGAUUGCUGACAACAAUGGAUUUUUACGUGAUGCCUCUCCAAAUGAAAUUGAUUUCCCUGGACAAGAUUUGUCUGAAUACCCUCCAGUCAGCCGAACCUCACCAGUUCCAAAGCCAAAGUUCGAUUUUGCACAGUAUUAUGCUUUCAAUCUGACAAUAUUUGCCCUAACCCUGAUCUAUUGUUCGUUUGCUCCUCUGGUGGUUCCUGUUGGUGCAGUUUACUUUGGGUACCGAUAUGUAGUUGACAAGUACAACUUCCUGUUUGUAUACAGAGUGCGAGGUUUCCCUGCUGGUAAUGAUGGGAGGUUGAUGGAUACUGUAUUAUCUAUCAUGAGGUUUUGUGUUGACUUGUUCCUCCUUGCAAUGCUACUUUUCUUUUCUGUACGAGGAGACUCAACUAAGCUUCAAGCCAUAUUCACACUUGGAUUGUUCGUGAUGUAUAAAAUUUUACCCUCUGAUAAUGAUUCUUUUCAGCCAGCUUUAUUACAAGGCAUACAGACUGUUGACAACAUUGUCGAAGGGCCAACUGAUUAUGAGGUGUUCUCACAACCUACAUUUGAUUGGGAUACAUAUAAUUCAUGACACUUGUGAAUAAAAGCAAAGAUUUGUGUUGACAUUUUGUAUAUAUUCUUAUUUGUAAUU